AUGUUCCUGCCUGGCUGCGUCAUAGAUCCUUCGGCUGCUGCCUUGAGCGCGCUGGAGGAUGCCCUGGCGGAUGAGGAGACGCCAGAAGUGGCGGUCGCCAAGCGCAUCUGUUCCAAGUCUCCGAAACGUUCGCGGAAGUUGCGUCGCAGCCGCGAGGAACGCAUGAGGGACUUAUUGGAGGGCUACAACUUUGCAGAUCUUCAGAGCCCGGCAGCCCAUGGGAUCAAUGGCCGGCGCUGGUUCCGUUGCAAGGAGAUGGUCUACCCGCUGCACCUGGCUGCAUCGCUGGGCCAUUGCGAUAUGGUUCGAAUCCUCUUGGCAGCCGGUGCGGAUCCACUUCAGAAAAGCUCCCAGGGCCGCACGGCCGCAGACGUCGCCCGACAACAGGCAUCCAAAAUGGCGGAGCUGGGGUCGGACAUGGAGCUGACCUUCCUGGAUGUGAUCAACCUCCUGGAAAACCAUGUGAUGGUGAUCACGGUCCAGCAGGCUGUGGACGUCAUGAACAAUUUUAGUGUUUGA